CCCUCCUCCCCUAUAUCUCGCUGCUGGUAGUAAUCCCAUUAGAUGAUUGCAUCUGGUGUCCUCGACAGAUGGAUUUAGUCAAUUGAAAAAGAACUCCAGGUGGUUUAAUCGACUGUGCGGUUGUUUUAUAACCAGAGCCUCUUCUACCUACAACUUUGCCUUAAGUGGAGUGGAUCUAUGGCUCAUUACUAGGCUCUAUCAGUUAUGCACAUAACCAUCUUGUUAUUUAGUAAAAAUUACAAGAAUUGAGAUGUUUUAAGUGUUUUCCUGUAGAACUGUCUUUAGAAUGGGUCUGAGGAACUGGGGAGAAUGGUUUUAGAUUUGGUGAAGUGAAUGAAUUUUGCAGAAUCACAAUUACAAUAUGCAUUACCUAAAUGAUAGCUGUGAUUAGUCAAUAUCUUUCAGGGUGUGGGGAUAGCUGGGGAAGAUGCUCUUUUUUGUUUUUAAUGUAGCUGUGUUAUUGGAAUCUGUUGUCUAGUUUUCCUUCAGAGAAGCCACCUCCUGUUGUAUCCAUCAGCUUACAUUUAACAGUUGCUGGCAGAGAGGUAUGGUUCAAUCUGCAGCAUUCACAACACAAAACCAGCAGAAUCUAACCUGUACAGACACAUCAGGCAAGGCCAUAGCACUGUACUUGAGGCUGUGCUGUGCAAGAUGGUGAGCUCCGACUGUUUGUACAGUUUGGGUGUGCCAUAGCUUUAUUAUGUUUGGCUGAAGGGUGUUGGUAAUGCAGUACACCUUGUGUUGAUAGAAUAUAGGAAACAUAGAUGGUUUCUGAGGUGUGUACAGAAGGGUAGAAGACUGAUGACCUACUUCAAGAGUUAGUUACAGUUAGCUAUUCAUAUUUCACUGUUUUAUUACUGGCUAAAAUAAAUACAGUAUUUUCUGGCUAUAAUGAAAGGAACAUAAUAGAAAAUAUGGAUUGUCAAAAGGAUUACAUAAUGGAAACUCAGUUAUUAAAGUUUUGCUGCAUCCUCAGAGUGGUUAAAAGGAAAGCAUAGGAAACUCUGAACUGGCCUGUUUCUUCUAAAAUUGAGGUAGGAUCAAAGGAAAAGCACUGAACUGGCCUUCUGCAGUAGCAGAUAAAUACAAUCCUAAUUCCUAGGAAAAGGAGAACAUCAAAAUUCUGUGUUGGGACAGUGCUGUAAGUACACCUUUUUAAAGAUGCACUAAGAUAAAGUACACAAAGUGUUAAGCUGCAUUGUAUUGCUCAGGUUUUGACUGUUAACCUUACUGCUGAAGCAUGGAAAAAAACUACAACUGGAAAAGCAAUAUUUUGUAACAUGUUGCCAUGGCCAUAUCACCCAAGUCAAGGUCUGAUUUAAUUUUACUGACUGAAGGGUCAUUAAAUGUCUAAUAUAAAAACUGUGAUUCUUUCCUUUCUGGAAAGGGCCUGCUUUUGCAAAAUGCCGAGGGCAUGAUGACCAGCAUUUACAAGCUGGUGUAAGUGGGGCUGAUGAUGAAGAUGACAUCUAUUCCACAUUUGUCAUUUGGAAGUCAUCUCAUUGUCACCUGCAAAAUAAAGGAAAACAUGAGUAAGUUUAGGGGUCUUUUUUGUAGGCUUUGCUUGCGUGACAACUGUCAGAACAAAUUGGUCACUGUGACAAAGCAGGACAGCAGACAGGCUCUUGUAGCCUCUCCUUGGUCUUGCUGUUUCUGUGCCUAUGGAUAGGGUGUGCUUCAUGGCAGUCUGUGGACCUGUGCCCAUCACAGCACUUCUCAGGUCCCCUACUACCUGCUUUGCAGUAGUUAUGCCAUUCCUUAACUUGUAUGGCGAAGCCUUGAUGCCCUAGGCAUGCUAUUCUAAUCUGAACAAGUCCCUGUUUCGGUGAGAUCAAGGUAAGGACUGUGUGUGUUCUCCUAGCUCAUGAUGAUUGAUGGAUGAGUGAAACUGGGAAGGUGAGAGAUGCUGGGCUUGGCCAGGAGGAUGUCCAGACACUCUGAACUGAGUGGAUGCUUCUCCACUCAUAACCCAUGCGAAUGUCCCAGUUUCACUUCUGAAGAAGCGUGUCACCAAGUUGUCUUCUGUCCUGUGGUCCCAUUUCGUUGGGCUUCCUGCACUAGGGAUGUCUCUCAGCAUCAAGACAUCAGUGUGAUGGGAUAGAGCUGCUUUUGAAGAAGCCUAGGAUAAGAAUCAGGUUUGGUUUAUGAACUGGUGCAUUAUACUGAGUUCAGGUUCUUUGUAUUUGCUCUGUAGUGAGAUCUUCAGAGCUUGUUUUUUCCUCAGAUAUCUUCAACUUUCAGUUGUUUCUGAAGUACCAUCAUGUUAAUUGACCACUGAACCAAUGGUUCUGCUUUAAUCUGCACUACUUCUUAGCCUGGUUCUUGAUGGUGAAAGAUGCAAAGGAAUAGUUGAGGCUGCCUGAAAAAAAAACUGUUGAAGGUAAAUAACUUAGCUAAUGUGUUUGUUAACCAAAGUGUUUCUCAGAAGCAAUGAGAUUAAGUGGAUCAGCUGGUGUGCUGUGCCUAGUGGAAAGAAGCUUAUUUAAAUUAAGAGGAGCAGAGAAUCAGUGCCUCAGUACUAAAGGAAGAUGGACUCCACAGAAGACCUUGACUAUCCUCAAAUCAUCUUUCAAUACAGCAAUGGAUUUUUAGUCUCAAAGGUUAUGUUCACUGCCUGUGAGUUAGGAGUGUUUGAUCUUCUGCUGGAGUCAGGACAACCUCUAUCUUUAGAUGUCAUUGCUGCACGCUUGGGUACAAGCAUCAUGGGGAUGGAAAGACUUCUGGAUGCCUGUGUGGGAUUGAAGCUUUUGGCAGUAGAGCUGAGACGAGACGGAGCCUUCUACAGAAACACAGAAAUUUCCAAUAUCUACCUUACGAAGUCAAGUCCCAAGUCUCAGUAUCAUAUUAUGAUGUAUUACUCCAAUACCGUCUACUUGUGCUGGCACUACCUGGCUGAUGCUGUGAGAGAAGGAAGAAAUCAAUAUGAAAGAGCUUUUGGCAUUUCAUCUGAAGACCUCUUUGGAGCCAUGUACAGAUCAGAAGAAGAAAUGCUGAAGUUCUUGGCUGGCCAGAACUCAAUCUGGAGUAUAUGUGGCAGAGAUGUACUUACUGCAUUUGACCUUUCUCCUUUCACACAGAUUUAUGACCUGGGAGGUGGUGGAGGAGCUUUGGCCCAAGAAUGUGUUUUCUUGUAUCCAAAUUGCACAGUCACAAUUUAUGACCUGCCCAAAGUUGUACAAGUGGCCAAAGAGCGAUUGGUUCCCCCGGAGGAGCGACGGAUUGCCUUCCAUGAAGGAGAUUUUUUUAAAGAUUCAAUCCCUGAAGCUGACCUCUACAUUUUAUCAAAGAUACUGCAUGAUUGGGAUGAUGAGAAAUGCGGGCAGCUGCUGGCAGAAGUUUAUAAGGCCUGCAGACCUGGUGGUGGAGUGCUGCUGGUUGAAUCACUCCUGAGUGGAGACAGAAGCGGACCUGUGGAAACCCAGCUGUAUUCACUGAACAUGUUGGUGCAGACAGAAGGAAAGGAGCGAACAGCAGCUGAGUACAGCGAGCUCCUUGGGGCAGCUGGCUUUAAGGACGUCCGAGUCAGGAGAACUGGAAAACUCUAUGAUGCUGUUCUGGGGAGGAAAUGAUAGUGUCUUUAUUCUGUAAUACUAAGUACACAUGGAGAAAUGUGAUAUUCUUUUCCUAGAAGGCUAUUAUAGAUGUAGCUUUUAUUGAAGGCAGUCAACUUUUCUGUUAGCUGAUACAAUGUCAGGAGAAUCAUUAAUAAUACACUUUUGGUGAGGAUAGGUGGUGAAUUCAGCAGCCUGACUAGGGCUUGCCUUUUGAUCUGAAUAGCAGAGAGAGAAAUCAACACCUGUUCCACAAUAAAUUACCCACGAAAGAAAUGUGCAGUGUUGCUGCUAACCACUUUACAUAUAUUUCUUCUUCUUUUUUAUUUUUAUUUUAAGCUUAACAGAGUACCUGACAAAAGCAAAGCUCAAUUUUCAUUUGUGGAUUCCUGCAAAA